AUGGCUACGGACGUGUUCUGGAGGGGGGGCGGCGCACGCAGAUAUGACCUGGCAGUGCGGCGCCUCGUCGUCGUCGUUGUUGUUGCUGUCGUUGUCGUUGUCGUCGUCGUCUAUAGAACAGCACAACGUGGCUCUCUCUCUGCUGGGCACGAGACCGAGCAGGACGACAGCACACAGCACACAGCACCCAGCACCCAGCCAACGGGCAGGGCCAGGUGGAAUACGGGUCAGGCCGAAGCAACGACGGCUCUGAGAGCGUGCAAGCUAGACGUCACGCCCAUGGCAUGGCCGGCAGUUCACCGCAGUUCACCGCUCCUCUGUGCAGGCCAUGGCAUGCUUCUAGUGCAUCGCCGGGCGCUCACAGCCCACAGUGGGGAGGGGCUUGACCGGAGCCGUCGAGGCAGAUAUUGCAGGGCGUGGAGCCACAGUGGCCGUUGGCAGCCCUCGGGCGUGAACACAUCACCAUGUAUGCACCGCUACAAUGAAGUCAGCCGUUCGCAAGGCUUCGGUAGCGACGCGUCUGGCGUCAGAGAUAGCCGGAGCAGGGCGAGCAUGCUGCAGAUCUUCCAUGUCAUGGCGCUGGACCUCGUCCGAACCCGAACCGUCUGCGCGAAUCCCUGA